CGCAAUUCUUUUCCUCUCCUUCCUCCUUGCUCCUCCUCUUCCUCGCCUUGUUGCACUUAUCCAUCGCGUCUUUUGCCGGCCGCUGCCCGCUCGUCGUCCGCCACCACCACGCGCAGCUGCUCCUCAUCUGCCUCACGACCGCAGCAGCAUAUAUACACGCUUCUCCAACGACGCGCCGUAGGCCCCUCAGCUUAGACACCCAGGUCGCGUGUAAGUCCGCGACGCUGAGCCUGGCCGCCCGCAACGGCCACCACCCAAAGCCGCAUUGCCAACCUCGAACGAAACUGCUCAUCCCGCCCCAACCCCAAAACCUUGCGCCUCGACAUCCAGCAAUCGCGACGUCACGCCGGUCAAACUGCCUGCGCGCCCGCCCCUGCACCGCCUCGCUGCCUCGCAACCACGCGUCGCUGGGCUCAUGACAUCUCACCCUCAACUCCCUCACUCAUCUUGUUUUGUUAGUGUAUGAGGGGACUGCGUCAGCCGCCCGCCCAGGUGUCUCUUCAUCUGCCCCUCGAGGCAAGCAGUCGCCUAGACUCUCGUUCGCAAUGGUGCUUUUCAAGCGAAAACCAGUCAAGUUCCUGCCACCACCAGACAUUGAAGAUGAGAACACAGAGGUCUGGCACAUCCCGCAGACGGGAGAGAUUUUUGCGACAUACGAGGACUAUCUAAACAGAAUGGACUUUUACAAGCAGCGUCGCUUUAAUGAUCAGAUUACCGGCCACUCCGGCCUGACUUUUUUUGAGGCCUAUAGCAGCGAGCUCACCGGCGGUCGCGAGGUCGAAGCCACCUUCCCUGAAGCGCUCAAAGGCCCCAUCCUACGCAAGGUUCAGUUCCAGACCAUCUCGCGCCUGGAUAACCUCGUGGACAUGAUCUUCGAUGAGUUCAAGCACGACUACUAUCCUGGGGAGGACGUAACGGUCACCAUUGAUGGCGGGGAGAGGCUCCAAGGGCUUGUUAGGGACAAGUCGACGUUUGGACCACGGAUACUCGCCGAUGGCUCCCGCACGCAACCAGUCACGCGAUAUCUCGUGGUGAGCAAGGUGGACCCCGAUUUUGAAGCCAUGGUCACCGACGAACACAUCUGCCGCGAACGUGGCGUCUUCACCAAGGCCAUGUUACGCUCCUUCAUCAAAAAGACGGUCACUCGAGAGGCAUGGAAUGGCGCGCCCUGGCUGGUGAAGCACGACUAUGCCGGGCAGUAUCACAUUGACACCCGCGUCCCGCCUCAUUUGCGCUACGACACCAAGCUCCAGGAGCGCAAACAGCUGCAGGCUCAGAAGCGCGCCGCCCCUCACGACGUCAAUGGGCACGGCCUGCACACCGGGCCGGUUCGCUUGCCGGAGCUGAAGCCAGCGCCUAAGAGCCACAAGGGCAAGCACGGCCAGCAGGGAGCCAAGGGCUUGAAGUGGCCGGCCAACAUGUCCGUCAACGGCGUCAACGGCACCCACGACCAUGCGCCCCCUGUCCGGGAGCCAACGCCGCCUCCUCCCCCUCCUCCACCGAAGUACCCGAUCGAGGAUCUGCAACUGGAGCCAAAAGAGGGUAGUGUGCGCCCUCCGCUCAAAUUCAUGUGCAGGAAUCCUCCAGUCGAGUUGAGGAAUGGAGAUGCCAACCCAUCUAACGAGCCAACAAAUGACCAUAUCGACAUGGCCUCAGUCGGCCCUCUCUUAGAGACGUGGGAUACUCUGAAUGUCUAUUGCGAGAUCUUCCAGCUCGACUCUUUUACGUUUGAUGACUUUGUCGAGGCCAUGUCGGUGUCUUCAACAGAGGUUCCCGUUCAGCUGUUUGACGAACUUCACUGCUCGGUGCUCAAGGUCUUGGUAGACUCGGAGCAAGAAGGCGGCAAAGUACGAAUCACGCUACCCGAGCUCGAGGAGGACGACAGCGACGAGGAGGAUGAAGACGAGGACAUGGACGAGACGGCCGAGCCGACGCCGGAGCCGGAGCCCAAGCCGACGGGCCGAGCUACCAGGAGCAGCUUGGCCAAGGCCGAGGCUGAGCGCCUCGCUGCCGAAGCCGCCGCCGCGGAGGAGGAGGUCCUGCGGGCUGAGCUCGAGUCGAAACACCGCGCCGAGGAGCUGUUGCGCGAGUACGACUGGAUCGAGCACCUUCGCAAGCGAGACUUUGCCAACGGCGGGUGGGAGCGUAUCGUCGUCGGCCUGUUCCACCAGCUAUCGAAGAGCGAGCGCCAGGAGAAGCAGUGCGAGGAACUCUUGUUGCAGCUCGUGCCUCCCGAGACGGAGCCGACACAGGAGGCGGUCCGCCAGCGAUAUGGCGAGCUGGACGUCAACUUCCGCGUCAAGGCGCUGCAGCUCCUCUGUAUGCUCACCAUGGAGACCAAGGCGGUCCGCGGGUACAUGGAGGACUGCAGUGAGACGAUGACCAAGUAUCGCAAGGAGCGGAUCGAGUGGCAGAGGAAGCGAAAGCAGGCUGUCGAGGAUUUGCGACUGCUCAACGAGGAUCGUAAGGCGAUGCUCCCUGAGAGCACGCCCGCCGAAGAGUCCAAGGACACGGCCAGCAAAGACGACGAUGUCAAAAUGACGGACGCGGACGACUCGCAGAUGGACCAGGACAACGGCGUCAAUGGCACAGCCAACGGCAACGGGAGCGGCAAAGGCCAAAAGAAGCGCCGCGGUCGCCAGUCGGACAAGCAGCGGAAGCUCGAGGAUGAAGAAGAGCGCAAGGCCAAGGCAAAGGAAGCCGAAGAUAAGGAGAAGGAAAAGGCGCCCAUCGUCAGGCUCCCACCACAGCAGAUGAAGCAGUACAACAAGAUCCUCAAGGAGAUCCAAAAGAAGGAGGACUUCAUCAAAGAGUGCGAGGACGAGGUGGCCAUCAUUGAGAACGACCUGCGUGAGGCCGACUGCCCGAGAACGCGUGUGCUGGGCAAGGAUCGGUUCUGGAACCGGUACUACUGGUUCGAGCGCAACGGCAUGCCGUACGCCGGGUUGCCAAACAGCUCGACGGCGUGGGCCGAGUACGCCAACGGGUGCAUCUGGGUGCAGGGCCCGGACGAGCUGGAGCGGGAAGGGUACAUCGACGUACCUGCGGAGCUGCAAAACGAAUACAGGGCCAAGUUCAACAUGACGGUGCCGGAGCGCAAGGCGAAGGAGGAGGGCGGGACGAGCAUCUUCAACGCGAACCAAUGGGGCUACAUCGCAGACCCAGACAAGGUGGACCAGCUGAUCCGAUGGCUGGACCCGCGAGGGUUCAACGAGUUGAAGCUACGCAAGGAGCUGCUCAACUACCGCGACAAGAUUGCGACGCACAUGGAGAACCGCAAGAAGUACCUAGGGAUCGACGAGGAGAAGCAGGAAGAAGCGGCGGCGGCGGCGACGGCGACUACGGCAAAGCGGACGAGCUCGCGAAUCCGCGAAAAGACGCCGGAGACGCGCAACUACCGGUGCCUGAUGUGGGAGAACACGAUGGCGCUGGAGGAGCUGGGUCAUCUCCACAUGGAGCAGCCGCCGCCACCUCGGUCGAGGAAGCAGACGAAGAAGCGGGAGGCGCAGGGCGAGCCGGCGGGCCGUGGCACGACCAAAGCGCGCAAGAAGUAGCAGGGAUUUGUUUGCGUUGACUUUGUUUUCUUUUCUUGGUGCAUGAGCCGGGCAUGGACAUGGACGCAAUCCAUGGGUUGAUUUUUCUUGCUUUGAUCUAUUUCUGCGGCAAAGCAUGGCGUACUACUGGAGGCCGGACGAAGGGAGGGGUUGGUAAGGUUCUAUCAUGAGGAGCAUAUACAGCCGACGUCGGAGAUGGGAGCGUUGGGCAUUUGACUAGGUUUGGAUGAAGCAGUAACGUAGAUAGAGGCAUGGUUGAAAUGAUGGGAGAGCAUUAUUGAGUGUGCGUGCGUGUCACGAAGAAGAGAGCGUGUGGCCCUUGAACGAGGUGGAG